CUCAGAGACAAGCAGCUAUUGUAUCAUCAAUUCCUGGUACAACUCGUGAUGUAAUUGAAAUUUCAUUAAAUAUUGGUGGUUAUCCAAUUAUUAUCGGUGAUACUGCUGGAUUAAGGCAAUCUAAUGAUCUUGUGGAAAUCGAAGGAAUCAAGCGAGCCAAAGAUCGUAUGCUUUCAACCGACAUAAAAAUAUGUAUUCUUUCUGGUAUUGAAGUUUUAAAAUCAUUAAAUUCUAAUGAAGAAAAUUCAUUUGAAAUUAUAAAUCCUCUGAUUAAAGAAUCUAUAGAUAAAUCUACCUUUCUAAUUAUUAAUAAGUGUGAUCUUUUAAAUACAUCUGAAUUAACUUUUCUAAAAAAAACGAUUUCUAAAAUUUUUCCUGAAAAUUACAUUUGUUACUUGUCAUGUAUAUAUGGAGAUGGUAUUAAGGAAUUUCUCGAUAUAUUUGUGAACUCUUUGAAACAAAAGUAUGAUAAUUCAGCUACCCAAGUUGCUUUAAUUACACAAUCACGACAUCGGAAUCAUCUUAACGAUUCUCAAAAAGAUAUAGUACUAGCAGCUGAAGAAUUAAGAUAUGCGACAAACGCAUUAGGUAGAAUUACUGGACAUAUUGAAGUUGAUGAAAUAUUAGAUGUUAUAUUUGAAAGAUUUUGUAUCGGAAAAUAG